AUUUUGACAGGCACGUGUUUGUUUUCUUUACGUUGCUCCACAGCCGGUCGAUUUCGAAUAUUUUUCAUUCAAUUAAUUGUCGGGAUUUUUUGAUACUGAAAUUGAAAUAAUAAUCCUGAAAAUAUGGAAGAGGAUGGACCGCCGCAAGCCAACAUUGAUUUUGUGCCCGCCCUUUGCUUCGUACCGCGCGGUGUUGCUAAAGAACAGCCUGAAAAAAUCGUGCUCACACAGUCGGAAUUGGCCCGCAUUAUUGAAGAAACAAGAAAUACUCUUCAGGAAGAUGAUGAUGAUGACGACAACGAAGAUGAAAUGGAAGUAGAUAACGAAUCGGCCCCAAGCGCUGCUAAUCGCAAUCCCGGUGAUGAAUUUGGGUUCGAUAAUUACGACAAUGAAGGAGCUGCGAAUUCCGCGGUUAUUGGCGCUGUCGUUGACCCCAGAGAACAGUUUCCGGAUGAAGACAACGAUUCCGAGGCUGAAGAUGAAAUCAUUAAGCCAACUGACAAUUUAAUAUUGGUAGGACACGUCCAGGACGAUGCCGCAUCUAUGGAAGUUUGGGUGUUUAACCAAGGGGAGGAAUCUUUGUAUACACAUCAUGAUUUUAUUCUUCCUAGUUUUCCGCUAUGCAUUGAAUGGAUGAAUCACGAUCCAGGUAGUGACCAAACAGGUAAUAUGUGCGCUAUUGGUUGCAUGGAUCCUGUAAUCACAGUCUGGGAUUUGGAUAUACAAGAUUCAAUGGAGCCUACAUUUAAGUUGGGAUCGAAAGGAAGUCGUAAGAAGCAUAAAGAAGCUUAUGGCCAUACAGAUGCAGUUUUAGAUCUAGCUUGGAAUCGUAAUUUUGAGCAUAUUCUCGCCAGUGCUUCUGUGGAUCAGACCCUUAUCCUAUGGGAUUUAGAUGAAGGUCAGCCACAUACUACAAUAACUGCAUUCGAGGAAAAGGUUCAAUCUAUUGAGUUUCAUCCUGACGAAGCGCAGAGUAUUUUAACAGGCAGUGCUGAUGGUAUUGUACGAUUGUUUGAUUGCCGCAAUGCUGAUGCAGUAGAUAGUGAUUAUAUUAAAUGGAAAACACCUGGUGAAGUAGAAAAAGUACUCUGGAAUCCAAGUGAUACAAACUAUUUCGUCGUUGGAUCAAACGAUGGAAGUAUUCACUAUGCAGACCGUAGGCAGCCAGAUAGACUAUUGUGGUCCUUUAAGGGACAUGAGGAAGAAAUAUCAGGCGUCUGCUUCAAUAAAGAAGUAGCGAACUUGUUGACUUCAACAUCAACUGAUGGCAUGUUGAAAGUCUGGGACUUCAAUAUUGGUGCCAUCAAGGAAGUUUAUUCACAUGACUUCCAAAUGGGCCGGUUACAAUGCAUGAAACAAUGUCCAGAGGAUCCGUUCACACUAGCUCUCGGAGGCGAAAAGCCACCGCGCUGUCGCAUUUACAAUAUAAAAAAUUUCGAAGUCGUGAGAAAAGUUUUCAAAAUUCCUGAAAUUCUGCAAUGAAUUAAUCUAUACUUUAUUUAGAUUUAAAAUACAUAAAUAUAUGUAGCAGCAAUGUGAAAAAUUCAGUUACUGAAAUAAAUGUGUACAUUUUUUACAAACGUUAUAA